GAGCCAGUGCCAGGUGGUGCCCGGGCUGUGUGUGUGUGCACUGGGCGCUGCGGCUCUGGAUGGAAGCUGCCACAGGACUGGGCUAUGGCUGCCACUAUACUGGGCUGCAUUGCUCUGCUUUGUGCCACAGGACUGUCCCAUGCGGUACAAGUGACGAUGCCUGACCACAAGAAAGCAGUCAUGCUGUUCCAGUCCACCCUGCUGCGGUGCCAUUACUCCACCACCUCCUCUCAACCUGUCCUGGUCCAGUGGAAAUACAAAUCUUUUUGCCAGGACCGUACAGAGGAGGCUUUAGGGAUCGGGAAGCCUCCCAGCAAGAAUAUGGGGGGAAAUCAAUAUCUGGAUUGUGCCGAUGGCAGCAGGACGGUGCGGCCUGUGGCCUCCAAACUAGGAAACAGCGUGACCUUGGGAGACUUCUACAAGGGAAGGGCCGUCACCAUUGUCAACGAUGCGGAUCUGGAGUUCAGCACCGUCCAAUGGGGAGACAGCGGCCUCUAUUACUGCCUUGUUGCUGUUUCCGACGAUCUUGAAGGGAAAAAUGAAGAUCGUGUAGAGGUCCUUGUAAUGGGCAAGACAGGGGUGCUUGCUGAUCUGUUGCCGAGUUUUGAAGUGGAAAUUAUGCCAGAAUGGGCGUUUGUCUGCCUGGUCAUAAUCGGCACCUUCCUCUUCUUCGCCAUGGUGGGCCUUUGUUGGUGCCAGUGCUGCCCCCACAGCUGUUGUUGUUACCUUCGCUGUCCUUGCUGCCCAGAAACCUGCUGCUGUCCGAGAGCCUUGUAUGAAGCAGGCAAAGCUGCAAAGAUUGGAUAUCCCCCCGCUGUUCCCACUGCCUGCCCGCCAUAUUACAUCUCCACAGUUCCUGUUUCAUCAGUGCCGCCACCAAUGCUAAUGGAAAAACAGCACGUUCCACCGCUGGUGCAGAGUGACUCUUUAGGAGGGCAAAAUGUGCGUAAAGGUUACCGCAUCCAGGCCGACAAGGAGCGCGAUUCCAUGAAGGUCCUGUACUACGUGGAGAAAGAACUGGCUCAGUUUGACCCUGCGCGCAGGAUGCGGGAACGAUACAGCCACACCAUCUCAGAGUUAAGCUCCCUGCAUGAAGACAACUCUAGCUUUAACCGUUCCUAUCGGCAAGUCCACAGAAAGCCGCUGCCUGCUAGUUGUACCAUUGACGGAGAUAAGGAAUACUGGUCAGGGGUGGUAGGGGCCACAGCGAGACCCUCAGCAUGUUCCAAAUUUCGAGAUGAUAGCUUCAGGAGUAGUCUCCAGAGACCAACAUCGGAGGUCUUAGAGAGGAAAGCCUUCCCAAUGGCUGUCCAAGCCGUCUCUACAGAUGAAUUAGCUGUAUUUGCAGACUCAUAUAAACAGAGGUCCCGCCGGGCUGACAGCCGAGGUCCCGGGACAGGGCCGAGGUUUGAGAGGUCGGAAUGCAGAGGAAGAUCUCUAUACCAGGACAGCUCGACUGACGACUACUAUGGGAAGAGAAACCACGGCAGGGAACUGUUUACAGACAACGAAAGAGGCUGGUCAUUCAGCCCGUCUAGGAUACGAGCCCCAGAGGACAAGCAUCUGCCCAAAAGGAUAUCCCGAAUGGGGCAGAGUUACGAUGACGCUUAUCUUAGCAGUGUUCUCGAAAGGAAAUCAAGGGGUAUUGAGGAAACCAUCGUAACCCCCUCCAAACUCAGCUUGCGGCAAAACUCGGGUCGCUGCUACGGUCGAUCUCCGACGUUCAAGACGGGAGACAGCAAAGAUUACAAAGUUGAGGAAGAAGACUCACUUCCUCCAUACUGUGAGAGGGAGCUCGCCCGGGCUCUCCCGUUUCGCUCGAGAGAACACUCCUAUCUCAGCACCUCAGACAAAAGGAAGAAAAAGGACCAACCAAGUAAAACAGUGAGAAAAGCCUUCUUUUUUUACAUGAAUGGGUCACAGGCCAAAUGGGGUUGGCGGGCUUUGUCAAAAAUUUAAGAAAAAGUGGGUAGAAUGUGUGUGUGAGGACACUAUUCCACAAUGUUGGUGGACCAUUAACAUGAUGCCAAUCGAGAAGUGCAUGCUGUGUAAAGGCAGCUCCAGUUUGGCCACAUUUCGAAUAACAGGGACUUUUUUGUCCUAUUUUUUGGGUUUGUCAAAAAAAAAUCUAAAAAUAACAGGAUAAACUUGGGCUGUUUGGACAAUUCUCCAUGCUAUGGACAAUGAGUGGUUAAAUAUGUCUUUUUUUAUAUAUAUUUAUUCUGUAUAUUUGGAUCCAGAUGUAACUUGUCUUGUGCAGGCAUGGUUGAACUAGGGAUACAUGUUUGAGUUGAAAAUCUUUGUAAACGAAUAAAAAAAAAAAAGAAAAAGAAAAAAAAAUACAAUGUGGGCAUAUGGGAAGUUCCACACUUUUUUAGGUUGAUUUUUGUGGUUAUUUUAUUGCUGUCAUGGACCUAAGAAUGAAAUGUUGUAGAAACACAAAAAAAGAAAGUAAACAAAAAAAAAAAAAGUUAAUGCCGCGUUGUCUGUGCAGUUUCAAAAAAAAAAAAAAAGCUGCUCCAAAAAAAGACUGAAUUUUAAAAAUUUACCUUGAAAUCAGAAAUCUAUUUUUUUGCAACAAUAAACAAAAAUAAGCGAUAAAAAAAACAAAAACAUAAUAGACUUGUACAGAUAUUAAACUGUUCUGUGUUGCCGCUGCUGCUAUUUAUUUUUGUUUCCCAAAAUUAAUUUACCUGAAUCUGUAAAAUGUGGCAGCUUUUUUAUUAAAUGUAUAAAAACUUUUUUUUUUUUUUUUUCCCUUUUGAAAUGUAUUAAAUUGAAACAAGAGAAAAGUAAAAAUCAAAAAACAGACGGGUG